GUUCUUUGUCAGACGGGUGCAAAUGAAACCAGUCCAGACAAGGUGGCAGGCUGAGUAAGUGAUUGGUGAGGGUGAGGCAAUCUGGAGUUUACACUUUCAGAUUUACCACAGAGAUCCCUCGGCUGAAGUUGUACAAUCAUCUCCACGAUCACUGAGCUCCGUAGCCCUGAAGAAAAGAGGAGUCUUUUUUUGCAGAAUAGUGGAGACGUUCACAAGACUGUGUAAACAGGAAGCAAGAUAAACCUGGGGAAUUCUGCCAGGGAUUCGACCUGGUGAAAUUACAUUGGGAUUUUUCACUGCCCGUAGUGCAUGGGAGCCCGACCCUGAUAAACUCCAAUAAACCCUGAACACAUUGUGAAUACUGAGCCCCAGUCUCUGGUGACCGACAGUGAGAAUGCUGAAACAAGUGUCUGGACCUCCCACCUUCACCUCGGCGAUGCCUUUCCGCAUCCUGAACAAGGGACCGGAUUAUUUUCGGAAGCAGAUGGAGAGCAGCAGCAAGAAGCCGAGUGCGGUAGAGCGGCUGGAGGCUGAUAAAUUAAAAUACGUGAAGAGCCAAAAGGUCGCGAGUACUCGCCAGGAGCCAGUGAAAGCGAGUGAACCGGUGCUGUCUCCUGCCAUGAGGAGGAACCUUCACAGUCCCAGGAAAGCUCCGAGUGCUGGACUCCGCAGGACCGAGAACGCAGAUUGGAGGGGAGCCCUCAAUUUAGAGACUCUGAGAAACCUCAUUUAUGAGAGUCCAAACGCGCCAGGGAGCCAGCCCGAUCCGGCGGAACGGCCCAGCGAGUGUAGCCCCGGUAAGCUGCAGCGGUGCGGAGCCGCCGAGCCCGGGGAGAGGCUGGCGGCUGAGCUGCACUCCAGCGGCGUGUUGGUGCCGCCUCACAAUGCCGCCGUCAGGAGGGUGGACGUCCGCCCCAGUGUCAGCAGGGCCGGCUGCAGGGCACCGUGUCCCUCCGCGGUCAGGUCCAGGCUUUCCUCCACCACCAGCUCCAGGGGCUCGCCGAGGAAAGCCUACCCCGAAGCGGCUGCUUGGUCACAGCUCUCCCUGCACCGUUCCAAGUCGGACCUGAGCGACCGCUAUUCCCGGGUUAGUGCCAACUUGGAGCGAUUCUUCAACUACUGCGGCCUGGACCCAGAGGAACUGGAGAGGAUGGAGAUAGGGGAGUGCUUGGCCCGAGCCAGCUCUGAUAUCGUAUCCCUGAAGUUGUACAGCGCCAGCAACCUCAGCUCUGAGUACAACCGUUCCCAAUACAGCAAUGUGAUUGAGGAGAGGGCGAACGAGCGCACCCCAUAUGGCAUCUCCAUCAUUGAACGCAAUGCCAGGGUCAUUAAGUGGUUGUACAGUUGCAAGGAAGCCAAGGAAUCUCAGAGAGUGUCACCGGUAUAACGGAGGAGGUCCUGGGACAACAGAGAAGGAACAGAGCCUAAAAUUCCACGAUCUUGCCUUUGAUGAUGAACUCAACUCAAUAAUUUCAUGGAGACAUUGAAAUUUAAACUACUUAUUACUGCCACCUACUGUAUUUAGUGGUAUAAUAUAUUGUAAAGGGCUGGCCAGUUUUAUUUGGAGAGUUUAAACUGUGAAAAUAAAGACUCAACACAUUGAAAACUUCAAAUUGUAAUACAGUAUGUUGCAGCUUGCUGAAUAUUAACUGAAUAGAAAUGGACAAUUGAUGUAAUUUAGUUCAAAAACACACAGGAGAUCUUCCAUUAAAUAUGUGACUGAAUCUACCACUAAACCAAAAACGAGGACCACGUUUUUUUGCACCAGCUUUUUUUAACUAGUUAAGCUAGGCAAAAUUACUCAAAGAAUAUGUUCAUAUCUACUUCUAUUUGGUAAGUUUUUUAAAAAAAGCUUAAGAGUAGUAAGUAAAAUAGCACAUGUUUGAAAUAUGUAGCAGGUGCAUUUUAGUUUAAGCCUUGGGUACAAAGUCUUAAUUCAAAUGAAAUUGUCUACCCCAAAUGUUACAUCAUCCUUUUUUCAGACAGACUUUGCUGAACUUCAGUUUCCAGGCAGUGGAAUGUUAUUUUCCUUUCUGUAGUAUGUUAUCAAGAAUAAAGGCUACACUACAGAUACCUUACUGGUAACAAUCUGCUAUGUACAUACAUCCCACGUGAGAGGUUGGUUUUGUUAUUUCUGUAUCUUUGUGAAUUUUGUAUAUAUUUAAAGACUGCAAUUUGAUAUUUUGCUACUGUUUUAAAUUAACUGUCAAUAAA